UCUUCUUCCGCGGCGGCGGCGGAUAUGCCAGACGAAUCAAGGAAGAAGGAGGACGCCGUGGCGGUGAAGCCGGCGAUGGCUGCGCGGGCGGGGGCGUUUGAGACGGCGGCGCUGCCGCUCAGCAUGGUGCUGGUGCAGGUGUUCACCAUGGUGAUGCUUCUCCUCUCCAAGCUGGCCCUCAACACCGGCAUGCACCCCUUCGUCCUACUCGUCUACCGCAACCUCACCGCCGCCGCCUUCGUCGCGCCUUUCGCGCUCAUCUUCGAGAGGGAAAUGUGGAGAAAAGUGAACUGGGUUGUGUGUGGCUGGAUUUCCCUAAAUGCUACAUUCGGAGUCGUCCUGGCAAUGGGGCUAUACUACUACGGGCUGCAGGCCACCAGCGCUGCGUACUCUGUCAACUUCCUGAACCUGAUCCCCAUCGUCACCUUCGUCAUCGCCAUCGUACUACGGGCGGAGAAGCUGACGCUGGGGAAGUGGCCUGGCAGGAUGAAGCUCCUGGGCGCGCUGAUGUGCGUGGGUGGGACGAUGGUGGUGAGCCUGAUCAAAGGCCGGCUGCUGCACCUGUGGCCUACCCACCUGCUGAAAUACUCCCACGCCCAGCCACCGGCGAGCCCCACCGGCGUUCACCACGACGGGGUCGCCGGCACACUGUUCUUGUGCGGCAGCUGCCUGAGCUACGCCUUGUGGUUCAUCGUGCAGGCAAGGCUUGCGAAGGUGUUCCCAUCAAGGUACUGGGCGACGACGCUGACGUGCCUGCUGGGAAGCAUGGAGUCCUUUGUGGUGAGCGUCUUUCUCAGCUAUGACAGAGCAGAGUGGAAGCUCAAGUGGGACCUGCAGCUUUUGACUGUUGUCUACUCGGGUGUGUUCAACACGGGCAUCACCUUCGUUCUCAUCUCGUGGUCUAUCAGCCGCCGUGGGCCCAUCUACCCUCCGAUGUUCAACUCGCUGUCGCUGAUCAUCACCACGGUCAUGGACUCCGUGCUGCUCGGCACCAACGUCUACCUGGGGAGGUGA